AUUUUACUAAAAUUGAAUUUCACACGUAAUUAUGGGCAAAGAAAAAGCAGGUAAAGCGUUCAGUAUUGGUGAUUUGGUAUUUGCCAAGGUAAAAGGAUACCCGGCAUGGCCAGCGAAAAUCACAAAAUUCAUCAAUAAAAAGUACAAUGUUUACUUCUACGGGACCGGCGAGACCGCCAAUAUAAAACUGGAGGAUCUCUUUAGCUAUGCGGACAACAAAGAGAAGUUCGCCACAGAUAAAAAUAUGAAACGCGCCAAAUUUAAUGAAGCAAUUGAUCAAAUUGAGAGUGCUCUGCGUGGCGAGGAUUCAGCGCCAAUAAAUUUGCCGCAAGUAGGAGAUGAUGGAGGCGAAAGCAACAGUGGUGAAGGCAGCAUUAAACCAACUGUAACAACGACAGAGCAAGAACCGCAGGCAACUUCCAAGAAAUCAUUACCAACUUCAACCAACACCGCUACCAUUGACAACAAGGAACAGAAAAAUCGCAUCGCACGCAAGAAAAAGGCACCACUGCACGUCGACGGCGAUACGGAUGAACAAGCUGUAGAAAUCAUAGAAGCGGUGCCACCCCAAAAAAAACGUGUGCCACCGGAAGGCAUUGGCGCCACUGUAAACCCGACGAUCGGCAAUAACAAAAAGCCACUGAAGAAACCGAAACCAACGCUUGCGGUGACACCAACGCAAAAACGUGCACGACAAACACACCCCAUGCAUAACGAUCUGAUGAUGGUAUAUAUGCCAACUGCUAAGUGUCUGGGAAUUAAGAUAAACUACAAUAAACCCGAAAAAUUCGAAAGCCCUGCUGAAGAACAGGCGUGGAUCGAAAAGUCGCGUAAUGAGGCCAUCGACCUUAAGCUUAAACUGGAAACGGGUCAGAUCAGUCCCGAGUCCAUGCCUGAACGAAUUAUUGUUGAGCCGGUGCGCGAAGAAAUACCGAAGCAGGAGGCUGUACGAUUUAUUGAGGAACUGAUUGAGCAAGAGGAUGCCUUGUUCAUGGAACGUGAUUUUAUACAGUUGUCACAACAGCUGCGUGAGUGUUUAGGUCUGCGUCGCGCCAAUGUGGGCAAAUGCUUAGAGAUUCUCGAACAGUUCAAAGAGAUUGAGCUAACGAAGUUGAUGCUGUUGCGAAAUCCAGAAUGUGUGGACAUAAUGCGUCGAUUGCGGCGAUAUGUGGGCAACUUGGAACUUUGGAAAAUGGACGUGUCCGAUGAGGUGGAGUUUAAGGAAAAAGCCCAGAUCAUCCGAAAAGUCUCGACAGCCAUUUACGAUGGCUUCAAAGCACUUUUUAACCCCGAACCCGAGGUGAACUUUUGGGUAGAGUUCUGCGAAAAGGUGAAGAUCUAUAAGAAUUAUACAAAGAAUUUGAACGACACAUUGCGUAUUUCGAUGAACGAGCGCACCUAUAACCAUCUGGUGGAGACCAAGGAGAGCACAACGGUAGCUGGCGAGCAUGUAAAACAGUAAUGGAGAUUGUAAGGAAUCGAUCUUAAGCGGACGAUGCCAGUUCCACAUACCUUAAGUUACUUUUAAGCGAUGCUAUACCGUAUUCGAUGAUAAUGGAAGGAUGGAAUGCUCACUGGAGUUUUUAGAACAUACGCACGCGCGAAGCAAUUACUGUUAUCAUUUUAGUUUACAUUGCAAGGCCUGUUAUUAGUUAUAAUCCACUAUUAAGCAACCCAAUGCUAACAUCAUCGACAUGGCUUGGGAUCCGUUUCAACUUGUCGGGUGUAUCAAAUAAUUAUUUUAAGCUACUUUACGCGCCAAUUGACUACAGAUUAUAUAGUAACUUAAGUAUACCCCACCACUCCCACACAUUAUGUACGUACACAUAUUCACACAGAUCUUAGCGAGAAAUAAACGGUAGCCGUUAUUUGGAAAAUA